UCUACCCCAGAUCUUCACGGGUCUGAAGCUUUUUAAGGUGGUUAGCUGAACUCAAGACACUGGUUAUUACUUUUUGCAAACUGAAAAGGUUGGAAGCAUGAUUUUGAAAAAUAAAUAUAAUCGCACGCACGUGUCUUAUAAUAUGAAAUAUAUAAUCAAACCUAAGUUAUUGUUUUCUUGUGUAUUUUUUUGGUUUCAAGCCACACUCCGCGAUAUUCCAGCUGUAUGACGACGGUCUAUUUAAACAAGUCUGGACAAGACAAUCCGGUCAUUGACGUCAUCGUUCUACGAAAUUGAAAUACGAUGACAUGCCUCGACCAAGUCUCCAAGCCUGACCCGCCAGAUCGCGUUAGUUGCCUCUCACGACAAACAUGAGUUGCUAAAGACCAGUUCUAACCAGCAUCUUCACCGGUGAAAACCUCAGAGAUUUAAACUGUUAUCGACUCGUGUUCAUAUAUUUCAUAUCAAAAGACAUUCGGGUGAGAUUAAAUAUUUAUCAACACAUCUCUUUUCCAUAACUCGUACUAAUUUCUAUUCAAGACAAUGUAUGUGUAUCGCACACAGGAACCAACUGGACAUAUUAAAUGACAAGCAUGUUACUGAACGGAGAGGCGAAAACUAUACCCUCAAUGAAGCCCAUUCUUGAGAUGCUGCCACAUGAACACUUUGAGAAAUUCCCCUCCCCCCGUGUUAUCACCACCCAUGUUGGAAUGUCAGAAGCUCCCGAGGACAUUAAAAUAAAGAAAUGCAAGACUAUCUUCACCCUGCGUGAUCCAAGAGACGUGGCCGUGUCAAUGUAUAAAAUGGCUUACGGGAAACCUUGGUCGGACAUCCCAUACUACGGCUCGUUUGAAGAUUACUUCUACCUGUUUAUCGAAGGCAAAGUUGAUUUCAACGGUCUGUUUCAUCACUGGCGAGAUGCUGAGAACUUCUUCAAUGAGCAUCCCGACGUUCCUGUUCAUUUCCACAGUUAUGAAGAGGCCUUACAGGAUCCCGUUUUGGCAGUCAAUAAAUUGUCCGACUUUUUAGGUCUUCCAAGAAAUGACAGGCUUUGUCGAGAUGUUGCCGAGAAAUGUGAAUUCUCUAAACUGAAAGCCGACAAGGAACCCUACGCAAUGAAAUUGGAUGGUGAAAACUUUGUGUUCCGUCAAGGUAAAUGUGGUGAUUGGAAGAACUGGUUCACUGAACAGAUGCUGGAGGACUACUAUCGCGUGUAUGAUGAAAUGAUGACGGGGUCAAUGUUCUACGACCGCUAUUCCAGAUCAAACAUGAAGGAAAUCUGAACCUUUGUCGCUUUCACAAAUCACUGUAUUUAGAUGUCCGGCCCUCUUGUAUAGUUAAAGCCGUAGUUUGUAUUUGGAUUUUGGUUAGUUCUUUAUUUUCCACAGUCGCCACGAUAAACCUGACGUAUUGCCGAUGUGACGUUACAUUUUAACUCACUCACUCUAUCUUCCCCACAGUGAAGCGGACAUUGUGGAAAGAUAACAUAGAUUAAUGUUAAUAUGUUUUUGCUCUCAGUUUCUGAGAUACAUGUAAUUAAUUUGAUAGUGUAUCAAUACAUGCUUUGGGGGGAUGCUUAUCCCAUUAAUAAAAGGGUCACGGGUGGCCCAAUUGUCAAAGGCGCCGCGAUUCAAAAUCUAUGUUAGUGGGUUCUAAUCGCAGUAACGAUCCCUUGUUCAUGGGUUUCACCAAAGUGGUAAAUUAUGGCUUUCCUCCCAGUUCGAGCUGAAACCUCGUGGAAUGAUUGAAAUGCAUUGAAAGCUGCGUUUAUCCCCUCACUCAUUGAAAGGGAUUUCGACAAAAUGCACGCACAGUAUUAACUUCAUAAUCCCUGGACUCUGUAAAAAUCGAUGGAUUUUUGGAUAUACGCGUAUCCAAGAGUCACUGAACUUCUAAAUAUGCCAAUUUGGUAUUCAUCGUUCGAGGCAUCCGAAUACAGUAUCGAGUCGCGGGACGUCAUUUGAUCACAUUCACACAUAGGUCAUUGGCGUCAUAUAAUUUUCAAAUAUGUUUUAAUAAUGUUGUGGGGCAUUUGGAUAGCCUAGUGGUUAAAGCGUUCGCCCGGCACGUCGAAUACCCGGGUUAGAUUCCCUAGAUGGGUAUAGUGCGUGAAACGCAUUUGUGGAAUGUUGCUAAAAGCGGCGUAAAACCAUGUUCACUCACUCAUAAUGAGUUCUUUUGUGUUAUGAUAAGAGGUCACACAGUUAAGUCACCCGACAGCUUUCUUCCCCAUUCAAGGUGACAUACUGCGAUACAACAAUAAAUACAUUGUUUCUCGUGGACAGACUAGUACUAAAAAUAAACCAGCACCUUGAUGUUUUAAAACGUUGUGUUGAGCACUAAGAAGAAAAGGUUUCAUAACUCAUAUUUAAAGGUCAGUGUUUAGAAGUAGUUAAGGGUUAUAAAUAUUUAGGUGUCUAAUUUUCCAAUACGUUGGCAUGGAAUACACAUGGAAAUAAUGCUGCUGUACAGGGAAAGAAAAUAUUGUUGGGCAUGUUCAGUAGUUUAAAAAAUGUUGGGGCUGUAAACUAUAGAAUAUACUUCAAAAUAUUUGACACGAAAAUUAAACCCAUUCUUUUAUAUGGGGCAGAAAUUUGGGGAUUUACACAAAUA